ACUGUUAGUGACUAAUUCGAUUCUAAUUUGUUUUCUUUAAAGAAAUUAACAGGAUAACUUAAUAUUUAUUUCCUCAUAAACUAUACAAUGAGCUGUGUGAGUGAGCUAUCUCAAUCGAACGAGUAUCUGAGUUUUCGAAGUAGUAUACCGUUAAGGAAAAUCGUUGUUGAUUCAGACAGUUCCAAGGCAUGGCGGAUAUUCGAUUCUGGUCCGAAGUCGGUCGCAUGUCCCUUGAUAUGUUUACCGCCCGUUUCUGGCACGGCCGAUGUUUUCUACAAGCAGGUGAUGGGCCUGGCUUCUAGGGGGGUUCGUGUGAUAUCCGCGGAACCCCCGCCUUACUGGAAUAUGAAGGAGUGGUGUGAUGGAUUCAAAAGACUGAUUGACUACCUAGAGCUGGACAAGGUGCAUAUUUUUGGAGCUUCCUUAGGUGGAUUUCUAGCCCAAAAAUUUACAGAGCUAACACUGAACUGCCCCCGGGUUGCAUCGCUAAUACUGUGCAACUCGUUCACCGACACCUCAGUGUUUGAGUUCAAGGACUCCUCGGCCCUCUUCUGGCUUCUCCCCUCCAUGGUGUUAAAGAGGAUGCUUAUGGGAAAUUUCUCGGCAGAGAAAGCUGACAGAAGAAUCAUUGAGGCUAUUGAUUUUAUGGUUGAGAGACUAGAAUCCCUGAACCAAUCGGAGCUAGCCUCGCGGUUAACCCUCAACUGCACACCGGGCUACAUGCAGCCGCACCUCCUGAGCGCGCUGCCGGUGACCGUGAUGGACGUGUGGGACGAGUGCGCGCUCAGCCCGCAGGUCCGGGAAGACCUGUACAAGUCGUACCCGCAGGCCAAGCUGGCGCAUCUCAAGAGCGGCGGCAACUUUCCCUAUCUGAGCAGGAGCGAUGAAGUCAAUUUGCAUUUAUUGAUCCACCUCCGAAAGUUCGACAACACGGAGUUGUCGGCCUCAUACCUCAGCCUGCACCGGCUGCCGGCGCCCGACCAGCCUGAAGAGGGCACGGUCAGCUACUUCAACCAACGAGACAAGUUCGUCAAGAUCUCUUGA